AUGCAACCGUCUUAUUUUGCCUUGUUUAGGUCCGGAGUAGAUUCCAAUUCAACACGUAACGUCAACAUCACAACGUUCACCAAGAUCCUGGACAGUCUGCUGGAUGGAUACGACAACAGACUGAGACCCGGCCUGGGAGACAGAGUAACGGAAGUGAAGACUGACAUCUAUGUAACCAGUUUUGGUCCAGUUUCUGACACCGAUAUGGAGUACACCAUUGAUGUUUUCUUCCGCCAGAGUUGGAAGGAUGAGCGAUUAAAGUUCCACGGACCAAUGAACAUUCUGCCUCUAAACAACCUGAUGGCCAGUAAGAUCUGGACGCCUGACACGUUCUUCCACAACGGCAAGAAAUCUGUCGCCCACAACAUGACCAUGCCCAACAAGCUGCUGAGGAUCAUGGAGGACGGAACCUUGCUCUACACUAUGAGGUUAACGGUUCAAGCUGAGUGCCCCAUGCACCUUGAGGACUUCCCAAUGGACUCCCACUCCUGUCCUCUGAAGUUUGGCAGCU